AUGGCUCAGUUAGAAGUAACUAUAAUUGAAGGAAGAAAUUUAAUAAAAAAGGAUAAAUUUAGUCAAAAUGAUGCUUUUAUUGAAAUAUAUUUUGAUGAUAAAAAGCAAAAACAGAAAACAAAUGUUAUAAAAAAUUCCAAUAAUCCAAUAUGGAAUCAAUCAUUCGUUUUUAAUCAUUUAAGAGGACAAGAUACUCUUCAUAUCGAUGUUUAUGAUCAAGAUACAUUCAAUAAUCAACUUAUUGGUUUUAUUCAUAUUGAUUUACACGAUUUAUAUAAUAAAGGUCAUAUUGAUGAUUGGUUUUAUAUUGAAGAUAAUCACGGAAAUAAAUCAUGUGGACAAAUUCAUAUUAGUCUUUAUUAUCAACAACUGAAUAUAUAA